GUACUUUUAUUUACUCGCGGGAAAGAGAAGCCGGUCGUCGGUUGAGAAGAAAGACGCACAUUGUGAACGCGCAGGAAAGAAACAAGACCGCGAAGAAGAAGAAUGGCCGGGUUAAAAAUAGCGGCGCGCGUUUUCAAAUAAAAACUGAUAAGCAACCUGCAGGAUAAUGAUUAAGGAGAAGCGAAAAAGAAGAACCGGGAGCAACAUCAGGAGGCGGUAAAAAGCAGCAGGAAAGAACGUACCUCGAUAAAAAGAAGAUUCACCAAAGCCAAACCACAACUGUUCUCAGGUAGAGAGAAAGAAGAUUCUCCCCGAUAUCAUCUUGGCCCAAUGGAAUAAUAUAUCGAGUAUAAUGCGUGAUGGUCAAGUUUCGUCGCGUGUGUUGGUACCAAUAAAGGUGAGAACCGGUGGUGUGUACAGGGCUCUGGAAGGAGGAAUCUCCCACCCUGUAGCUUUUACCCAUGCGUUUCGCAUGAUUUACCGACCAUACAAUCAAGUGCAUCUAACACCAAAUGGACAAGUGAACUCUGCGAAAUUCGAAAUGUUCCAACGAAUUAAUUAAAAAUUCAUUAGUGACACUACGGACGGAGUUAACCAGACGCUUCCAAUAGCGUGCCUAGACGCGUUUCUAUAAAUCGUAUAAGCUGGUCGAUGCGACAGUCGAGUCUGGCAUCGUUUCUCUCGAUCCCGUAUCCUUUAAAUCGACGAUAUUAGGUUUCCGUAUUUUCCUGAGGAACAAAUAAAGUAACGUGCCUCCGUUUCGUCACCACUUUCCUGUUGCGUUACAUAAACGCAUCCGUGGUGUACGCGUAGAAACUUGACCAGCACGGGUAUAGAUUAUCUAUCCUGUUUAAUACUUGGGAAAAAUAAAUUGUUUAUUAAGACGGUGUGUCAGCACAUCGGCCGAUACGGUUCUAGUAUCUCCUGGUACACGUCAGUUCUCGGAUAGUACGUCAAACCGGAGGACGCGAAAUGAUCUACUAGCUGAUGGGUUGCGAACGAAGACGAUUCGAUUUAUGAUGCCGUGAUAUGCUAACCAUUUUGGUUUCGUUUAAAGCCGAGGGCAACCUUCGGGUGUCCCUCCGCCUCCAGCUUGAGCUGGACUGAAAGAAAAGGAAGAGGGAAAGGAACGAGUUCUUCGAUGCCUGGUGCACAGUCUAGUUCAAGACUCACGAUGAUAGUGAACGUCCCAUGAAGAUUCCUCCGGCCGGUUUCCCUUCUCUCUCUUUCUCUCUCGAAAACCAUAAGCUAGUGUCACGGAGGACCAUCCUAAGUUUUCGUACCGGCUCGCGGAAAAACUUUGCAGGUGAAUUUGAUCAGCUGUAUUCCACCGUCACUCUCUCCGCCAUAAUGACGAUGAAAAGUGUGAAAACGAAAUUGGUACCGCCGGACGGAGGAUGGGGAUGGGUGGUCCUUUCAUCGGCUCUGGUGGUCAACUUCCUAAUCCCAGGAACCGUGAAGUCGUUCGGUGUCCUAUUCGUCGAGUUCCUUCACGUUUUCAAAGCCUCCUCCACAGCUGCCUCGUGGAUGCCAGCAUUAUGCUACUUCUUAUACAACUCGUUAGGUCCUCUAUCGAGCAUACUAUCCACCAGAUACUCGUACAAGGUGGUGACCAUAAUAGGUGGUGCAUUUGCAGCCUGUGGAAUGAUGUCGAGUUAUUUCGCUAACUCGGUCUCGUAUUUAUACGUCAGUUACGGAUUGAUGGUUGGGAUCGGAGCUGGAUUAACAUUUCCUCCAACGGUGUAUAUCGUAACGUCGUACUUUGAAAGACUUCGAGGUUUCGCUAAUGGUCUGUGCAUUUCCGGUAGCGCGAUCGGAACCAUCGUCCUACCACCGUUCUUACAAUAUCUUCUCGACUGUUUUGGUUACAGAGGCGCUGUAUUGAUUAUGGGCGCGCUUACGUUGAAUACAUUAGUUUGCGGUUUGCUCUAUCAUCCUGUUGAAGAGCAUAUGAUUUCUGUGCCGAUCGAGAAAGGAAUCGAUAAUGAGGCGUUAACCAUUGAUGAAUCGAUCGUCGAUAAAAAAAAACAAACAGAAACUCAAAUCUCGUACGAUGAUGCUGGUUCAGAAAAAGAAAAGCAGUGCAAAGAUGAAACCAUAAUCGACGAUUCUAAGGUGGAUCAUUGUUCGAAAGACAGUAAAGAAGACACAAGUGAAAAUGAAAAAGAUACUUCGAGCAUAAAGGACAAAGAUUCCAACAUAAAAGAAGGAGAUGCUUUAAACGAUCAGGUUGUAUCGCAGAGAGAAAGCAGCGCAUCUGAAAUUGAUCCAACGUGCGAUAAAUUGAAGAGUGAAAAAUCGGACUUAAAUAACCAGUUAAAGGAUACGAAGAAAGAUGAGAAAAUUUGUGAAAGUUCGAAAAAAGAUUUUGGAGAAUUAUCCGAAAAGUCAACGUCGAAAACGUCGUUGUCCAAGGUAGAGGAAAAAAAAAGUAGAUGUCAUUUCUUUGAUCUAAGCGUGCUGAGGGAUCCGAUUUAUUUAGUUAUUCUUAUCUCAAAUUCCACCUCGGCUAUUAGUAAUACCAAUUUUAUGAUUCUAUUACCGUCCUACGCUAUUUCUCAAGGUUUUGAUAAAAAUUCGUCCGCUUUGCUUUUGUCAGUCGUUUCGGCUCUUGAUUUAGUUGGAAGGAUCAGUGGUGCUUCUCUGUCGGACAUUGAUUUCGUGCCAAAAUAUUACUAUUUCGUUGGUGGACUUGGAACUAGCGGGAUAGCUUUGGCACUCUUGCCAAUGGCGACAAGUUACGCGAUGCUUUCAUUUUUCUGUGCACUGUUUGGUCUGUCGUCCGGCAUGUACAUUGGGAUCACAACGGUGAUCUUAGCUGACAUGCUUGGUACUGAAAAACUUAGCUCAUCGUAUGGAAUAUCUUUGUUCGUUAACGGUGUUUUACAGCUGGUGGGUCCACCUAUUUGUGGUGUUGUAUUUGAGGCUGUAGGAUCUUACAAGCCAAUCUUCUUAUCUUUUGGUAUCAUACUUAUCCUGGGAACCGCAUUAUGGGCAGUGGUGCCUCUUAUAAACAGAAACAACAAAAAGAAUCUACAGAUUGUAUAACAAUUGAUGAUUGUUAGUUUUUUAUGAUGAAAUUAUACGAAAUUGUAAAGUAUUAUAGGUGUUUCAACAUCAGCAUUGUAACUGCCAUUUAAACAAUUAGCUAGACGUUAUUUUCUAUAAUGCCAUUCCCUUUCUUCUCUCUUUUUCACCAAACAUUAGAAAUUAGUACAAUUAAUCAAAGGUGUGCCGACAUCGAUGAUUCGUUAGUAUUAUUAUUCUAUUGAAUACUGAUUAAUACUUUACAAAUUUAUAUGUAGAUCAUUAAAAUAUACUAUUUGUCGUGUGCGGUUCACGCAUGCUUAGUUAGUGCCUUAUAGUCUAAUUAAUUAAUUAAUUAAUUAAUCAGCUCAAGACAGUUCUGUCGAAGAACGACAGAGAUAUAUUUAAUAAAUAAAAUAAUUGAAUUAUCAUAAUUGCAAUACUACUGGACAGUGACAAUAUUAGUAACAUAGUUAAUAAUAUUGUUAAAAUAAUAAAAUGAAAUAAGAUUAAAAGGACGAAGAUAAUGGUAUUAUAAAAAUACUACAUAAUUUGUAAGAUUUUUUCAAUUUUAAACUUUAAUUAUAUGUAACGUCUUCUAUACGGAAGAUGGUAGAUCUAAGUAUAGUGAACGAUAUUAAUAAUAAUUGAAGAACGCGGCAAUAUAAAAAAUAUUGUCACAUCUUGUUAAAACACAACAUAUUUUUCCUCAAGUUUGCAAUAAGCAGUUAAAUUAAAAAAAAAAAACCUUUCCAUUUAGUGAUAUGUAGUUUACAUGGAAACGAUGUGUUUAAAAAAAAUGAAUUAAUAUAAAACUAAUUAUUGCGGUUUCUGUUUGAAACGUGAACACGUUUUGAACAUAUUUAUAAACAUAUUUAUUUUAUAAUCAAAGUAAUAGAAUUGUCGUAAUAAUUGUUAUCCAGCGAUCAUAAAUAAUUACCUUUUAAUAACAUUGAUGUAGUUAUUAAAAGUAAUGAAUAUAUUAAUAUUACCAUAGGAUAAAAAUAAAUAUUCAUUUCCUCUGUAGGGGAAGAGAGCUAUUCAAAAAUUUACAAUUGUACCAAAGUAUCAUUUUGUAUACUAUUGUCAGUUUUCAACAAUUUCUUGGUGCUUAAACUUGUUGGUUUAUUAAUUCUCUUACCAUUACUGUAUAGUGUAUGUAUGUGUUAUCAAAUUCGAAGAAUGUACUUGUAAACAUUAAGAAUUUUUAUUGUGCAAUAUUCUUAUUGUUAUAAACAUUUCUCUAGCGAUAACAUAUACAUGAACAUGUUGUAACAAUAAACGUAUAUAUUUUUAUACAUUUCAUUAGCAUUAAAUAAACAAG